AGUUGCAUAAAGUCGUUUGGGGAGAAACAAAUUAAUGCGACCAUUUCAAAGCGGGGUUCUCGCAAUUUCCAGCCCCACCCCCAUUCUCCUGCCCCUUCUUCUCCCUCAUCCCGCGGAGCGAGGACGAUGGCGAUGCUAGAGAGCAUCGUCGGCCUCUCCCUCCUUAUGCUGCUUCUGAUCCUCCUCCUCCUCCUUCUUGCCUGCAAACCAUGGCGCUUCUUCCUCUCCCGCUCCUCCCGCGCCCGCCCGAUCAAGGUUGGUGAUCUAGAGAGGCCUCUUGUUUCAGAGGAUUUGGAUCUGGUUCAAAGCCAAGGCGACGAAUCAGCAAGAAAUUCUGUUUUAGAGGGGUCAUGUCCUCAAACUGAAGGGCAUUUCAGUUCACCCCGAACUCAUGGCCUUGUUCAUAAACAGAGGCUUCCCUCUGCAGCCCCCCAUUUGGUCCAAGGUGAAAGCUUGGUUCUAGAUCUCAUUUCUGACCCUCCCGAAGAAGUUUUUGUUGGUCAGACGCUGAAACGCCCAGUAAAAAUAUUCUCAGCUGAGGAACAAAAACCUGUUAAAAAGGAAGAUUUAAGUUAUGACUUGAAAGUUGGUAUUGAAAAUGAUAGAUUUAAAGCAUUUGUGCCCAAGGACAUUAAAGAUCAAAGAAGCAGCCUCACCCUGGAGGUUAUCUCUGGACCUUCUUGUGGGCUUCGUUGUUCUGUACAGUCAACAAAUACUUCCAGGCUUCCAUUGACUCUUGGAAGGGUUUACCCAAGUGAUCUAUUACUAAAGGAUUCAGAAGUUUCUGGGAAACAUGCAUUAAUAAGCUGGAAUUUGAAUAAACUGAAAUGGGAGCUGGUGGACAUGGGUAGUCUAAAUGGCACACUCUUGAAUUCUCGGGCAAUACACCAUCACGAUUCUGGGAGUAGACACUGGGGCGAUCCAAUUGAGCUUGCAAAUGGAGACAUAAUAACUCUUGGCACAACUUCAAAUGUUUAUGUCCAAAUAACAUCACAUACUGAGCGUCAGAUUCCCUUUAGAGUAGGAAUUGCUGCAGAUCCCAUGGCUUUGCGUCGAGGGGCAAAAAAGCUUCCUAUGGAAGAUGUGUGCUUUUAUCACUGGCCUUUAUAUGGGAUUGAUCAGUUUGGACUGUUUGGUAUCUUUGAUGGACAUGGUGGAGCAGAGGCUGCCAAAUCAGCUAGCAAAAUUAUGCCCGAGAUAGUUGCUACUAUCCUGUCUGAUCCACAGAGAAGGGAAAGGGUUUUAUCACUAUAUGAUGCUUCAGAUGUCCUUAAGGAUGCAUUUUCUCAAACUGAAGCAUGCCUGAAUCACCAUUAUGAGGGUUGUACGGCAACAGUGCUUUUGGUUUGGGCUGAUGGUCAAGAAAAUUUCUUUGUGCAAUGUGCAAAUGUUGGGGACUCAGCCUGUGUAGUUAAUAUUGAUGGAGAACAGAUUAAGAUGACAGAAGACCAUAAAAUAACUAGUUAUUCUGAAAGGCUUCGCAUCAAAGAAACAGGAGAACCAUUGAAAGAUGGGGAGACACGUCUGUGUGGCAUAAACCUUGCUCGGAUGCUUGGAGACAAAUUUUUGAAACAACAAGAUUCCCGUUUCAGUUCAGAGCCUUAUAUAAGUCAAGUUGUACAUAUGGAUCAAGCAAGCAGGGCGUUUGCACUCUUGGCAAGCGAUGGCUUAUGGGAUGUUAUCAGCAUUAGGAAGGCAACUCAGCUUGUCCUUCAGAUGAGGGAGCGAUAUGCCACGGAAAAAGAAAAUUCAACUGAGAAGAUUGCGAACUAUUUGUUAAGUGAGGCUAGAACGCUGCGUACAAAGGAUAACACCUCUAUAAUAUUGUUAGAAUUUGACACCACGGCUAGAAACUCCUGUAAAUUCGAUUCUUAGAAAAUGAACAGAAAUGGUUUAGUUUUACAAGUUUUAUAAUUUUAUUUUAUUUUUGAAAA